CCCCUCUCUCUCCUUCCAAUCCCAUAGGAGAUGCCAUCGAAUCUUCCUCUCUCUCCUCCCAAUUCCAUUUCCCAACUCCCAUUCACGUCUUCGUAUUUCACAAGCAAUAAAAAAACUCGAUUUUUUCCCCGAUUAAUCAAUCUAUAUAUGCGUUGAUUAAUUUAUUCGAUCAACAGUAGCAGUUUGAGAGAAGAAAAUGAUAGCUCUGAAUUCCCAUUUCGUGCUGAUCGAUCUCCACACCUCGUGGUGCUCAGCUCAGCAAAUCCCCAAUUCAACUUUUGCUUAUCUCCAGAAAUGGAACAGCGGGCCCUCGUUCUCUGCGGCAAUUCGUCGAACACGCGGCGGGCGGGGGAGGAUCUCGUCGUCGCGGGCUCCGUCGCCGGAUGUGAGGUCGCCGGAGAUCCGGAGGCCGACGGCGCUAGGGAAUGGCUUCUCCUCGGCUUCCUCGAACGCGGCUGCUGCGUCGAGCUCUGGCCGCGGCGGCGAUGAGGUUGUCUCGGAUAUGGAUUUGUUUCUCGAGAUUGUGCCUUUGAGAAUGAGGGGAGAGCUGAUUAGGGAUGAGAGAAUUGGGGAGCUGAUUGAGGUGGUGAUGGAUUUGGGGAGGAAGCCGCUUGCUCGAUUUCCCUCCGGCGAUUCGGUGAUCUCGGAGGAGCCGGUGAAGCCGGAGGAUCUGCUCCAUGCCAUUUCUAAGGUAGGUGACUUCUCCGAUGACAACCGUUCCGGGAUCAAUAACUCUCUUCAUCGUAUAAGCGCCAUUCGAAACCGCAAAAUGCAAAUCAUAGGGCUCACGUGUCGAGUGGGUCGAGCAGUUUCCGGCAGUGCUGAAAUCAUACGCGAUUUGAUUGAAAGUGGGGGAUCCAUACUCGUCAUAGGGCCUCCCGGAGUCGGGAAAACAACCUUGAUCAGAGAAACUGCUAGGAUUCUUGCGGAUGACCAGAAGAAACGUGUUGUGAUUGUUGACACGUCGAAUGAAAUAGGUGGUGACGGGGACAUUCCCCAUUCUGGUAUCGGUCGUGCUAGGAGAAUGCAAGUCCCGAACGUUCAUUUGCAGCAUGAUGUGAUGAUUGAAGCAGUUGAGAAUCACAUGCCGCAGACCAUUAUAAUCGAUGAGAUUGGGACGGAGCUCGAAGCGCUGGCUGCAAGCACGAUAGCCCAAAGAGGGGUUCAGCUCGUUGGCACAGCUCACGGGAUUACUAUCGAGAGUAUCAUCAAGAAUCCCUCGUUGCAGACUCUUGUUGGUGGAAUAGAGAGUGUUACUCUUGGUGACGAAGAAGCACGUAAGAGGAAAGUGCAGAAAACUAUUCUCGAGAGGAAAGGCCCUCCGUCAUUCACAUGUGCAGUUGAGAUUAUAUCGAAAACUGAGUGCCGAGUUCAUCACAGAUUGGAUGCGACCGUUGAUGCUAUACUGGCAGGGAAAGCUCCGUUGUUUGAAGUCAGGCGUGUAGAUCCCGAAGAAAAUAUUUCCACAACACCAAUCCAACCUGCCGAAGAUGACCAUAUCAGAGAUGCAAAGGUGAUAACGUCUCGGAAAUCUAAGGUUAUUGAAGUCCGUGGAGUAGACAACGAAGCUACAAUUCCAGUAGUAUUGAGCGAACCUAUGGAAGAACACCAUGACCGAAACGUUAGGCUAACAAAAACCGACAAAAAGGAACAUACUAACAUAGUUUCUGACUUGGAAGAUGAAGAUUAUUCUCUUAAGCCCAAGAAAGUGCGUGCUAACGCAUCUCCGGCCAGGAAGAGCUACCCUUUGUCCGUUUAUACUUACGAGAUCCAAGAAGCUGAUUUGUUACAAGUAGCAGCUGUGAUGGGGCUCGAGGCAAAGCUAGACGUUACGGAUGAUAUUGGUUCUGCGGAUGCAUUUCUUGCUUCGAGUAUCGAAAUGAAACGGAACCCUUGGAUCCGAGGGGUGGCGAAGUUUCAUCAGCUGCCCGUAUUCGUCAUCAAGUCCACCACGAUGGCGCAGAUGGUGAAGGCCAUACGGAUGAUUCUUGAAAUGGAUUCGUUUACUUUCACGAGGAAGCAGUCCGGCUCGACUUCUUCCGAUAUCGAGGUUGAAGAUGACGCACCAAAGAGGAGGCCGUCGUUGGAGGAGAUUGAUGCGUUGGAGGAAGUCCGACUUGCUAUCGAGUACAUAGUGAUACCGGGCGGUGAGCCGGUCGAGCUUCUCCCGAGGCGUUCCGACAUUGUCGCCCGGCAGCUUGAGCUAGUGAAAAGCUAUCAACUAGCUGUGGAAAACUCAGGAACCGAAUCUAACCCGAGGUUGCAGAUCCUUCCCCACAAGCUAAGCAAGAAAGCUUCGAGUUUCGUGAAAGUGAGAGUCGGCCAACCCGGCUCGGUUUCAGCCCGCGGAGGAGGGACGGGCGUUGCUAGGCUGCCAUUUCUGCCCGAGUGAAUUGAUGAGGCAAAGAAAUGAAGAAGAAGCUGAGAUACAUUCCAGCUCAUGUAAAGUUGUGUACAUUAUGUGUACUUAUUUUCUUCUUUUUUUCUUUUUUUCCCAUUUCUAACUCGCAAGUGUAAAAUGUCCAUUCAUUGUGGCAAUGUUUAUUGUACAAAAUGCAAUUUAAAUGAAAUCUCUUGCGUUGUUCUUCAUUA